AUGUCUCGUAUACUUGGACGAUUUGCUAAUCUUUUGCGAAUCCACUUCCAGACUGUGAUUGCAGACGAAAUUUGUCGUUCACUUGCUGGAAUUUUUGGGUUUUGUAGUGAACAGACAAAAAUCGUCUCUCUCCCCCUCCCAGUCAGUCCAAUUCCUCGGCUUCGACAUCGACUCGAAGGACUGCGUUCUACGGUUACCCUCAGCGAAGAUAGCCUCGAUACGGAAGGAAAUCAGACGGGUACUGAGGAUGGAUACGAUACCACUCAGAAUGCUCGCCCGGAUUGUGGGACUCCUCUCCUCCUCCAUACAAGCGAUAUUCCCGGGCCCGUUACACUGCAGGCCCAUGCAAUGGCUAAAGGCGGGAUAUCUACACACCGGACAUUCAUACGAUCACUGGAUCCCACUGUCACUGGAUCCCACUGUCCAGGACCAACCACCAACUACCGAGAUACUACAGUUGGCUUCCGGACCCGAAAGGCAAAGCUGCAGACGCAUUUCUACAAACCUUGCCCACACAGGGGGCAUAUGCAUUCCCACCGUCCUCCAUGAUUCCACGGGUACUUCGAUAUACACGCACCCACAAGAUAUGCUCCUGAUUUCUUAUGUAGGGCCUCAUGGGCCGGUGUUUUUUACGACGACACUGGCUAGAUGGGUCCGCUGGCUAUUAUCGUUUGCUGGCGUUCAACCUUGCUUCGGGGCGCACUCGGUCAGAGGUGCGGCAGCCUCACAAGCUUUAUUGGCAGGCGCCUCCCUAGCCAACAUUAUGAGCUGCGCGGAUUGGACGCGAGAGAGUACAUUUAGGACGUUUUAUUUUUGUCAAACAUCUCAUGCUUCCUUCACAUUAGUUAAUUCAAAGCUUUAAAAAUGCAAAUAUAAAGCCUCCUGUCAUGUGGUAAAAUUGAAGAUUAUACUAGCUUUAGUGUACUAAUAAUCUUAAUUUUAGUAAUGUCAGGAGGCAAAUAUUUCCCACCCUAUAGGACCCCUCCCAUAUCAUAAUCAGGUUGCAUAGCAUACAGCCUUUGGGUUCAGGAAGACAUGUAUCAGCAUAUAUGAUUAAAUGUUUUUUGGGUUUUUUUUGUAAAUAUAUUUUUAUUUGUUUUUCCUUUAGGAUUGUACAUUGAGGCUCGCAGGCUUCAGAUUCGCAUGUAUUCAUAUGACAUAGGAUUGCAUUAG